AUGACACGAAGGUUUAUUUCAGGACUUGUAAGCCUUCAUGCUCCAAUGUACUAUUUUAUUAGUGUAUUUGCUGUUUUGGAAAUUUUAUUUGUUUCUAUCAUUGUCCCCAAACUGUUAGAUAUCCUUAUUGCAGGUAGAAACCGGAUCAGUUUUGAGGCCUGCUUCCUGCAGCUAUAUUGCGCUGAUACCACAGGUAUAGUGGAAUGUUACCUUCUCACUGUUAUGGUUUUCGAUAGACAUUUUGCCAUCACAAGCCCAUUCCAAUAUGGGAUUAUAAUGACUCAAUGGUAUAUCAAACUUGCUAUAUUUCCAUGGCUUGUUGGUUUGGUUGCAGCUUUCAUACCGACCAUCUUCACAGCGUCUUUGAAAUUCUGUGGUCCCAAUGUGAUUGACCAUUUCUUCUGUGACCUGGCUCCUCUACAGAACUUGGCAUGUUCCGAUUCCUACGUCAGUAACCUUGUGACCAGCAUAACUGCCAUUUUCGUGGUUCUCCUCCCCUUCAUCGUCAUCAUUGGGUUCUAUACUCACAUCAUAGUUACAGUCCUAAAGAUUAAGAGCGUAGAAGGUAAACGAAAAGCCUUCUCCACCUGCUCCUCUCACCUUAUCGUAGCCAGCCUUUUCUUCAUUACAGGCAUCGUUGUCUACGUAAGGCCUAAUGGCAGUGAUUAUGAUAAAUUUUUUGCUCUGAUAUAUAAAGUUGUCACACCUCUUUUAAACCCUUUUAUUUACACAUUAAGGAACAAGGAUGUCAAGACAAGUCUCCUUAGGACAUUUAUAGUGUUCAAGGAAAAAUAUGUUGUAACCUUCAAAUGCAAAUUUUGUAAAAAUGAGUUAUUUUCGAAAUAA